AUGAGACAUGGAAUCUCUAAAAUUGCUUUUUAUUAUUUUUUAUAAUCUGGUUAUGUAUUUACAACUAAAAGUGAAUUUGAGAUAAUCAAGAAUAGAAUGAACUACGAUAACUAUGUAAUGCAAUUAAGUACCUUGAAAUUGAAACACUUUGAGUUAGAAUCAAUAGAAUUACAAGAAAUUUAUUGA